UCACCUUUCAGUGUUCAUUUCAGUUUUCUGAUUUUGGUUUGUCAGGAAUUUAGACGAAGUACGGGAGAAUCACUUCGUAACAUACAAAUCAGAAACCGACUUUAGACUCCAGAAUGAAUAAUAAUAAGGACUGUGCUUCUUGCGGUGAAAUUGUAUAUCCAUUCGAAGUGAUUAGGUGUUCUGAUCAGGUAUGGCACAGAAAGUGUUUUCGUUGCCAACACUGCGGAAUGGCGUUGAGUGUAUCGAAUUAUCAUGGAUAUGAUAAGAGGCCAUAUUGUACAGCACACAAUCCGAAACCAACUACGUUCACUUCUAUCUACGAUACACCAGAAUUAUUAAGAGCAACAAGUAACACAAAAAUGUUUAGCAGUGUGUUAUAUCGUCGCAACUGUGGUGAUCUCAAAGUUAGAUAUAAUGCAGAUGCACAGCGUAUGAGAGGUCAGAUCACUUCAUUUCCAGAUGAUUUGUGGACCCAGCACACUCUGCGUCUAUCGAAGCAAUACAGUGAGGCUAAUAAUAUUCGUUCAGGAAGAAGUUCUGGAUUCGAUGAACGUUAUUCACCACAACCUUAUAGACGUUAUGAGGCACGCACUGGUUCAGCACCAUACAAUAGUCAUUGUGGGUCAUCAGUUACACCUCCACCAGCUAGACUUGGACUAAAUAAUCACUGCACGUCGCCACAUACAUUUUCAAAUUCAACAGGCAUACGCCGUAGAUCAUCAUCAGCUCAUAAUGGAUGUCCAUUAUACAUUGACUCAAUACAUCAUCACCAUCAUUAUGAUCAGGCAAUUUCAUCACCGAUAAGUCAAAAUGGACUUAGUCGUGCUGGGUCUUGUCAUUCGAUUACGAUAAAUACUCAAGGUGUACCAGGUGUGAACAAUAACGCUGUGGUGAAUAACAAUUACAAUGUUGGCUCUUCAGAAACUAUCAAUUUACCUCGGGGUUCAACACUUAAUCUAAACUUCCAUAACAAUGCACCGCAUAUACAUCAUAACAACUCAGGUUUUGGUGGGACAUUUAUCGCCCAGUACAGCUAUGAAGCUAAAGACGAUGAUGAAGUAAGCUUUAAGCCAGGAGAUGUUAUCGUGAAUGGUGAACCCAUCUCAGAGGGUUGGAUGUAUGGUACUGUUCAACGAACUGGAAAAUUCGGUAUGCUUCCAUCAAAUUAUGUUAAACUUCGUCGUUAAAAAGCCAAAAAAAACAUUAGUAUUAUGAAUAUUUUAUUCUAAAUUUUACUAUUGAAAUGUCAAAAGUAGCAAUCUAUUUCGAAUCUCAAAAAUAAAAUAAAUUAAAACAUUCAUUGAUCAAUAUUUGUUACCGCUUUAUUUAUGCAUAUCACAAUAAGUAAUAUUAUAAUAUUUGAACAAAUUGUUUGAAUCUCUCUCUUCAGUUUCACUUUCGAAAUAGGAAUUUUUAAACAAGGAGUAUUUCACUUUGAUAUAUAUAAUCAUAUAUAUGUAAUAUGCUCAAGGUUCACCAUUUGGAGAGAUUUUCAAAAUAAUACGCCACACUGGGUUGUGACUGUGAUUCUGACUGGUUCCUUUUCCCACUUUUUUUUAUAAACAGAUAUAAUUAUCCUUUAUCUAAGAAUCACAUAUAUGCGAACAUAUCACUAACUAACUUACUUUCUUUUAUCUUCCUGCAGAAUAUUAUCGUUAUUUUCACCGUCUCCCUAACUAACUCUAUAUAACGGACUAAAAUACACACACAUAUUUCUAUAUAGUCUUUUUUUAUUAUUAUUUUAAUCUAUGAAUACCUUAUUGUAUUUUAUUUGGCUUAUCGUCAUCAUCAUCAUCAUUCACAGACUGAAUUACAACUCUUCUUCCUUUCUGUUUUCAUAAAAUGAUUGUUAAAUUGAUUUUCUUUUUAAUAUCAUCUUUUCUUAUGAAUACUUUCAUUAUUAUUACUAUUAUUAUUAUUUCACGCAUAAAGGUAUAUACAUUUUGUUUGUCUUUUGUUUAUUUGUUUUGUUUUAUUGAUUGCUUGUCGCACUUCUCACUACCCUAUAUAUAACUAGUAAUAAGUCAUUCUUCAAUGAGUCAAAAUUCAACAUCUAUACACACGCAUAUACCCUAAAAUAUACAACACAUGCUGUUGUAUGCAAUAUGAUUUAAAUUCCUUAUUUUAUAGCAGUCAUUGUCAACGUGUUUAUAAUUUUAUAUAUAUCAAAUAGACACACACAAAUCACGAAUUUAAACAUCACUCCUUUUCACUG